UUCCUAAGUCCAUCAUCAUUCAUCAACCAAACUCACCAACAAGAACAAUAACAAUAGCAAGAACAAGAGAAGGAUUCUGCCUUGGAUAUAUUACACAAAAGCAUAUAGAGAAAGAAAUCUUGAUUUUGAAAAACAAUGGCGUACGAGAAAGUCAAUGAGAUUAACCUUAAGGACACAGAGCUUCGUCUUGGAUUACCUGGAACAGAGAAAGUUAAGGAAGAACAAGAUGUUUCUUGUGUUAGAAGCAUCAAGCGUCAAUAUCAAAGCGAUAACGAGGAAGAAUCUACACCUCCUACGAAAACUCAAAUCGUUGGUUGGCCUCCGGUGAGAUCUUACCGUAAGAACAACAACAGUGUGAGCUAUGUGAAAGUGAGUAUGGACGGAGCUCCAUACCUACGUAAAAUCGAUCUCAAAACAUAUAAAAACUAUCCAGAGCUUCUCAGGGAGUUAGAGAACAUGUUCAAGUGCACAAUAGGUGAAUACAACGAAAGAGAAGGGUACAACGGAUCUGAAGUUGUACCAACGUACGAGGAUAAAGAUGGAGACUGGAUGUUGGUUGGUGAUGUUCCAUGGGAUAUGUUCUCUUCCUCUUGUAAGAGACUCAGAAUCAUGAAAGGACCUGAUGCUCUCGCUUUAGACUCUGGCUUAUGAUAACCACACCAAACACAAAACUAUUCAGGGUUUUGUUCAAUGAGUUAGAUCCAUUUCCACGUGAUUUUAUCUUUUCAUUUUUAUUUGUUUUUUUGUUUUUAGAUUUAGAAUUUGAUGUAAAGAUACAUGAAAUUUAUGUAUAAUACGGAUACAUACACAAUAUAGAUGCAUAUGUAGCAAUGUUCUUGACGAA